AUGGCUACCUUCAACGUCAACAACGUUAAUGACGGCAACAUCCAGACCGUCUCCAUCAACCACCGGCGUGGCGCCCCUCGCAGGAUGGUCAGCCCCGAUAGGUACAUCCACCGGGAGAUCUCCGUCGUCGUCUUCAUUGGCCUGGCACUCUUCACGGCCGGAAUUCACUGCUUCAUCGUCGGAGCAUAUACGGUACACAGGGUGAGCAGGAUCAUCGGUGCCCAUAUCCUGUUUGCCGCUGUCUUCUAUGUGUUCGGCUGGCGUUGUUACAUCCACCCUUACUACUGGUCGGAGCUUCGCCACAUUCCGACUGUCCCUGGCUGUCCCAUCUGGGGUCAGUUCUUCGACAUCAUCACCGAGGAAUGUGGCGUCCCCCAGCGCCGCUGGCACCACCAGUACGGUCCGUACAUUCGCUAUUUCUUCCCCUUCGGCGCCGAGCGUCUUUCCAUCGCCGGCGAAGAGGGGCUGCGUCAUAUGACACAGAGGAACCCUUACAACUACCCCAAGCCCGUCCGCGCUAAGAAGUGGAUGGAGCGCAUCCUCGGCGAGGGUGUCCUCCUCGCCGAAGGUGAGACCCAUGCCUUGCAACGCAAGGCUCUUGCACCGGCCUUUUCCGGACCUGGCAUCCGCGCUCUGACGCCGGUCUUUUGGGAGAAGGCGGUGCUGAUGAGCAAGGUCUGGAAAGAGAGCUUCGAGCGGCAGAACAAGAAGGUUCUGUCCGUCGAGGUUCUCGAUUGGCUGAACCGCUGCACUCUCGACAUCAUCGGAAAGGCCGGUUUUGGCUACGAGAUUAACUCACUCACGGAGCGAAACAACAACGUCCGUCGGGCUUACCAGCUGGUGUUCAACUUCUCGCCCUCGGCGCGCAUCCAGCACGGUGUUCAGGCCUUCUGGCCUGUCACCAAGCACCUACCCACACAGAUGAACCGGGAUGUUGAGGAGGCCCGCAGCAUCAUCAUCGACAAGGCCAUGGAGAUCCUCAACGCUCGUCUGAACGAGGCUGAGAACAACCGCGGUGGCAAGGAUAUACUCACCCUCAUCGCCCGUGAGAACAAGAACAUAAAGGCCUCGGGUGAGGAAGGCCUCUCCUUCGACGAGAUGCGCGACCAGGUCAUGACCUUUCUGGGCGCUGGUCAUGACACUACCGCCACGGCGGUCACCUGGGCCUUGCAUCUCCUGGCUCAGCAUCCUGAGGUCCAGGAGAAGCUCCGAGAGGAGAUCAGAAAGCAUUUCCUUUUCCUCUUCGAAGAAGCGACUCGAAACGACCCAAAGAACUGGUACCAUGACCCCCACAAGCUACCGUAUCUCGAAAAGGUCUGUCGCGAGUCUCUUCGCUUCAUUCCGCCAAUUCCGAUGACUGUUCGCCAGACGGUCACGGAUGACCAGAUUGGCCCUUAUUUUAUCCCCAAGGGCACAGUCAUCUACAUGCUCGCCAACGUGACGAACAGGCUGAAGGACUUCUGGGGCCCAACAGCCGACGAGUUCAACCCAGACCGUUGGGAUGAGCUCCCUGAUACAGCACAGGGUCACGCCUACUUCACCUUCCUUGCUGGCCCUCGCAGCUGUAUUGGCCGCAAGUUCGCAGAGACAGAGAUGAAGAUCCUUCUCUGCGCCCUCCUCUCGAAGUACGAGUUCUACCCGAACUUUGAGUGGGAGGAUCCCGAAGAACACAAGAUGUGGCGUUUGGUCCUACGUCCGUUGGAAGGUGUUCAUCUUCAUGCCAAGAUCCUCGAGAACUAA